AUGCCACCAGCUCGCAGAAGUACGCGCAGCCGCAAGGGCUCCGGUUGGCACAAGAAAGGUUACCGAGACCAUGGUAAUAUGUGGAUCAACAUCCGAAGGGCAAUGUACGGCGGACCUUUCGUCCGCGGGCACGAAGUGAACGAGUGCGCCACUAUGCAAGAGUUCUUGGACGGAGUGAUCAGGGACAUUAGCAUGGAAGAGGACUUCCCGAUCCCUGAAGACUGGCUUUUGGACGUGCAGCGUAGAGGGAAGUCGCUUUUCCUGGAGCCGAUGGAUGCCCCUGUUACGGAUUACUUCGAUGGCGGUGAACAGAUUACUUGCAAAGUCUUCGACGACGAAGGUAUCAGGUGA